CUGUCCUGGAAGAAACUUCUCUUCUCUUUACCUGCUUGCCCAAACAUGGCUCCUUGCUCUUCAAGCUACUCCUUCAUGCAGUACACCAGGAUCUCAGAGCAAGACACCAUCAAAUUGAGAAAGCCCAUGGUGGAGAAACUGCGCCGAGAUCGCAUCAAUAGUUGCAUCGAGCAGCUCAAGGUCAUCCUGGAGAAAGAGUUCCACCAACAGGAGCCCAACUCCAAGCUGGAGAAAGCAGACAUCCUGGAGAUGACCGUCAGCUUCCUGAGGCAGCAGCUCCACCAGCAGCAGCAGCAUCAGUCCACCUCCGGCAGCAAUGGCGGUGACUACAGCCAAGGCUUCUCUCACUGCUGGACGGAUUCACUGCAUUUCCUCUCCGCUCAGCAGCAGAUGAUCCAGAGAGGCUCCUCUCCUGUGUGCUCCCCCAGCAGAGGAACCAGGCUGCAGCAGAGCAGCACAGGUGCUGUGUGGAGGCCUUGGUAGAAUUGGUAGAAGACUCAUCAGACACAAACACACCUGAGGGGACCACCCUGACACCCCCCCCUCACUUUGUAGGAAAUAUGCAUUUCCACCUUUGCUCGUUAAUGUCUCAUCAUAUUGAUGGACGCAAAUAGCAACAGUGCUCACUUAUUUGUCACGUUUCUUUUUUGCAAUGACUGUGAUUCACCAUUUGACCUUUUUUCUCCGUGUUAAAAAGUUGUUUUUGUGUGAUGGUUGUUUUGUUCAAUGCUUCUUACUCCAGUGGAGUUUAUCUUCCUUGAUGUAACAGUGUAUCUCUGCCAUAUUGUGUUGUCCUGACAGCCCCGUGUUGAGAAUAUUUCUCUCUUUAUUGUUGGAUGCCAAAUGACUUGUUUUUGUGUGUGUGUGUGUGUGUGAAUGGGAUGUUACCGGUGUUACUGGUUUUGCUAUGACAUUUACGC